AUGAGUGGUUAUCGUGUGGUUGCAACUAUAGUACUUGAGGUUGUAGCAUCUUCAGACCUUUGGAUAUGUCAUGCGUUCUUUGGAGUUUUUGGUUCAAAUAAUGAUAUCAAUGUGUUAGAUCGUUCUCCAGUGUUCGAUGAUAUUCUAAAUGACCGUGCUCCGGAGGUAAAUUAUACUAUUAAUGGUAAUAAUUAUACUAUGAGAUACUAUUUAGCAGAUGGUAUUUAUCCUGAAUGGCCUAUAUUUGUCAAAUCAAUCUCAAAGCCACAAGGGGAGAAACGCAAGUUAUUUGCACAAUACCAAGAAGGGCAAAGAAAAGAUGUGGAGCGAGCAUUUGGAGUGUUGCAAGCACGCUUUACAAUUAUACGUGGUCCAGCUCGCUUUUGGGAAAAGAACAAGCUUGCCAACAUAAUGAGAGCUUGUAUUAUAUUGUAUAAUAUGAUUGUUGAGGAUGAAAGAGACAUUUAUGCAGCAAAUUUUGCUCAAAUCUUAGAGUAUGAUGAUGUCGAAAAUGGCUUAUCACAACCUCAGCUCGGAGAGGAAGAUUUUGCACCAUACCAUCAAUUUCUCCAAAGAAAUGCCCAACUUCGAAAUAGGCAGCAGCAUAGACAACUGAAAGAGGACUUGAUUGAACACAUAUGGCAAUUUCACAAUGCUUGUCGUCAAUUAUAG